AUGUCCAAAAAUUUUUAUCCUCGGCAUUCAAAUAAUUUUGCGCAGCUAUUCGAAAGUAGCGAAAACUUUGACCUCGCUUUAUAUGCAGGUCACAAACAAGAUAGAAAAGAAUUCAAAGUACAUUCUCAAAUACUGUGUGCUCAAUCAACAUAUUUUCAAGCUGCACUAUCCAAAAAAUUGCUCAAAAAGAAAGGCUAUUGUUAUGUUUUUGAAAAAGCAAACAUCGAGGCCAAUGUGUUUGAAAUUAUUCUAAGAUAUUUGUAUACGGGAGAAGUGGAUAUAGAAAAGUGUGAUGGAUUUCAGAUUCUUAAAUUGCUAGUUGCAUCGGAUGAACUGAAUUUGGAUGAUCUACUUCGCUUUGCGCAAAAUUAUCUAAUUGAAUCAAGAAAAUCUUUCAUAGUUGAACAACCAGUCCGAGUGCUUCAAUCAAUUUUCCGACUUGAAUCGUGCAAAGCGCUUAGACUGUUUUGUCUUGAUGAAAUUUGUGGCAACCGUACAAAUCUGUUCGACUCUGAUGAGUAUUUGACAUUGGAAGAAGACAUAUUUGCUCAGAUAUUGGAGCAAGAUAAAUUACGUAUGAAAGAAGUUGAAUUGUGGAAAUGUGUUUUGAAAUGGGGCGCAACCAGACAUCCAAAAUUAAAAUACCCUCCAACGAGAUGGCCGACAUAUGGCAGGAAUCGAAUGAAGAAAACACUGGCCGGUCUUAUUAAACACAUUCGGUUUUUUACAAUGUCUGCAGACGAAUAUUAUGACGAAGUUAGGCCAUACAAAAAACUAUUCUCUAAAAAAUUAAGGGAAGAAAUGUUGCAAUUUAUCAUGCUACCGUCCAGAAGACCGAACCAUAUUAUGGCGAGAGCUAGAGCCGGAUUGCUAGAUUCGAAACUAGUUGGUCCUUCUGUCAUGGCUUUUAUUGCUAGAUGUAUUGGUUGUAAGAAAGCCGCCUACGACGAGAUUUCCUACAAGUUUACACUUAUCUAUCGGGCGAGUCGUGAUGGAUUUGACAAUCAAAGAUUUCGCAGAAUGUGCUCCUCCAAAGGCCCAACUGUUGUUAUUGCAAAAAUUAUGAAUCAUCCAAAUAUAUUUGGCGGCUAUAAUCCUUCAUCUUGGAGUGAUUCUAAUAAAAAUUACAUCACUUCAUGUUACAGCGGUGCAGAUAAUAGUUUUAUUUUUGAGAUUUCUGAUGGAAGGUCGACCGCAGGAGCACGGAUUGGCAGAUGCGUUCACCUCAGUGGUCGACGUUACAACGGUUAUGGUCCGUUUUUUGGUAGCAACUUUUAUAUAAAUCAACAAACAUGGAGUUCAAAUUUAUCAGGAUGUAAUCGCUAUGGAAUUGCAUGCAGCGUUGCAAGUGGCACUCUUGAGGAAUACGAAGUUUUUACAGUAAAAAACUGA